AUGAAGAACUUCAUCGCCGCCAGUGCUCUCCUGGCUGCAUCCAUCUCUGGAGCUGCUGCCGAUCUGUGCAGCAAGGGCUCCGUCGACGACAAUGGCAACUGGUAUUGCCAAGCUGUCGAUGCCAUCACCUACACUGGAAUGAUGGGCAAGGGCAACUACAACAAGAUUACCAACAUGGACAGCAACUCUGGCUCUUGCUCUUCCACUCCUUAUGGCUACUCUGGACAAAUGUCUCCUCUUGACGAGGAAGUCUCUCUCCACUUCCGUGGUCCUCUCAAGAUCAAGCAAUUCGCCUUCUUCUCGCCCAGCACUGACUCUUCGGACUCUUCCAAGAAGGCCAAGCGCAGUGCCAUGCACCGCCACAACCAUGCGCACAACCACGUCCACAAGCACAAGCGUGACGAGGACGUCGAGAAGCGUGCUGUCGGCGAUUGGGUGACGGCGACAGUCGAUGGAAUGGCUGUUUCGUGGAUCAACGAAUGGUCUGGUGUUGCUUCUACUGCUGCCCCUGCCCCUGCAGCCACCACCUCCGCUGCUCCCGCUCCUGCUGCUUCAAGCACCGAGCCUGCCUCAGCUGGUUUCGUGAACAAGCUUCUCAAGGUCAACGCUCCUGUCGCAUACAGCUCCAGUGCUUCCAGCUCCAGCUCUGCCGUUGCCGCAAAGGCUAGCUCAAGCUCCUCGUCCGCUUCAUCUUCUUCUGCUGCUUCAUCUUCUUCUGCUGCUUCUUCUUCUUCUUCUUCUUCUUCUUCUUCUUCUUCUUCUUCUUCUUCUGGCAGCUCCGGAUCCUGGGGUCGCAAGGCUUACUACAACUCUGAGGCCGGCUCCGCAGACAACGUUGUUUUCCUCAAUCACAACGGUGGUCAAGGCUCUGGUGUCUUUGACUACACUUUCGGCAACUCGCUCUCUUACUCUAACAGCAAGGGUGAUGCUGGUGCUUCCUCUCCUCAGGUCCUCGCCGACACCCAGCUUGCCUCCAACCACGAGGUUAUCAUCAUGUCCGACAAGGAGUGCGAUGGUGACUGCGGCUACUACCGCGAUGGCAACGUUGCUUACCACGGCUUCGCUGGCGCUCAGAAGGCUUUCUUCUUCGAGUUCGAGAUGCCUCUCGACGGCAACACUGAUGCUGCCACCAACGGUGACAUGCCCGCCAUCUGGAUGCUCAACGCUCAGAUCCCUCGCACCCUCCAGUACGGCAAGGCCGAGUGCUCUUGCUGGACCACCGGUUGUGGUGAGUUCGAUCUCUUCGAGGUCCUUGCUCCUGGUGAUCUCCGCUGCAAGUCUACCCUUCACAGCAACAUCAAGGGCGGCAACUCGGACUACUUCAAGCGCCCCACAUCUGGAAGCAUGAAGGCCAUGGUCAUCCUCAACGGCGAGAACAUGCACAUCAAGGUCCUCGACAACGACUACCAACUCCCCACCAGCCUCGACGCUUCGUGGAUCUCGGACCAAUGCGACUCUGGUCUCAUCCAGAACACAUUGAACUCGCUCUUCGCCCUGAUCGCAUAA